GUAAUGAUCCACCCACAGUUAUUAAAGGCGCUGAUGAGAUUGUGAGAGCUGCAGUUCAGCAUCACUGUAUUGAGCUGCUGAAGAGAGAAUCUCACUGAGUUUGCUCUGCAGCAGCAUCUGACCUCAGGUGGCGUUCGUCACAAUGAGGUUUCUGAUCUCACUGUGUGUGUCUCUACUGCUGCUGAUUAAUGGUGAAAUAAUCAGUGGACAAACAACAGGGAUAUUCUAUCCAUUCGGCUCAGCAGCAGGAGACACCGAAUAUUCUCUCAAUAAUUAUGGUGAUGAAAGCUACGUAUCUGUUGGCUUAUCCACUCCAUAUAUGUUCUUUGGCCACACAUACAACCAGUUAUACGUUCAUUUUAAUGGACUCCUUACAUUCAACCAACCUCAACCAGCAUCAGGUCCUAACUACAAUCCCACCAGUGGAGCUGAAGAUUUCAUUGCUCCUCUCUGGAGUGAUGUUGAUGACUAUUACAGUGGCGUGUUCUCAUAUCAGCAGUACACAAGUGGAAAUGUGCUCACUCGUGCCACUCAGGAUAUAAACCAGUAUUUCCCUCAGUUGACAUUCAAUGCUUCUUCAGUCUUUGUUGUCACUUGGGAAUUUGGUGAUCGCACAAGCCCAGCGAUCAAGUUUCAAGUGGUUUUAAUUUCUGGUGGAGGUUUUUCCUUCUUUCUGAUCAAUUAUGGCGACUGUGCUGUGCUAUAUGAACAAGUUCAGGCUGGAUAUGACACAAUAGGCUCCACAGACUCAUUUGUAAUUCCUGAUUCAAUUAAUGGCAACUACCAAAACCUCAAGAGCACAAGCAACGUAAAUGUCCAGGGUCGAUGGGCCUUCCUUGUGUAUGACGGGAUAUUCUAUCCAUUCGGCUCAGCAGCAGGAGACACAGAACAUUCUCUUGAUCUUUAUUAUGAUGAUGAAAGCUACGUAUCUGUUGGCCUUUCCACUCCAUAUACGUUCUUUGGCCGCACAUACAACCAGUUAUAUGUUCAUUCUAAUGGACUCCUUACAUUCAACCAACCUCAACCAGCAUCAGGUCCUAACUACAAUCCCACCAGUGGAGCUGAAGAUUUCAUUGCUCCUCUCUGGAGUGAUGUUGAUGACUAUUACAGUGGCGUGUUCUCAUAUCACGAGUACACAAGUGGAAAUGUGCUCACUCGUGCCACUCGGGAUAUAAACCAGUAUUUCCCUCAGAUGAGAUUCAAUGCCUCUUCAGUCUUUGUUGUCACUUGGGAAUUUGGUGAUCGCACAAGCCCAGCAAUCAAGUUUCAAGUGGUUUUAAUUUCUGGUGGAGGUUUUUCUUUCUUUCUGAUCAAUUAUGGCGACUGUGCUGUGCUAUAUGAACAAGUUCAGGCUGGAUAUGACACAAUAGGCUCCACAGACUCCUUUGUAAUUCCUGAUUCAGUUAAUGGCAACUACCAAAACCUCAACAACACAAGCAAUGUAAAUGUCCAGGGUCGUUGGGCCUUCCUUGUGUACGACGGGAUAUUCUAUCAAUUCAGCUCAGCAGCAGGAGACACAGAAUAUUCUCUCAAUAAUUAUGGUGAUGAAAGCUAUGUAUCUGUUGGCCUAUCCACUCCAUAUACGUUCUUUGGCCGCACGUACAACCAGUUAUAUGUUCAUUCUAAUGGACUCCUUACAUUCAACCAACCUCAACCAGCAUCAGGUCCUAACUACAAUCCCACCAGUGGAGCUGAAGAUUUCAUUGCUCCUCUCUGGAGUGAUGUUGACGACUAUUACAGUGGUGUGUUCUCAUAUCAGCAGUACACAAAUGGAAAUGUGCUCACUCGCGCCACUCAGGAUAUAAACCAGUACUUUCCUCAGAUAAGAUUCAAUGCUGCUUCAGUCUUUGUUGUCACUUGGGAAUUUGGUGAUCGCACAAGCCCAGCGAUCAAGUUUCAAGUGGUUUUAAUUUCUGGUGGAGGUUUUUCCUUCUUUCUGAUCAAUUAUGGCGACUGUGCUGUGCUAUAUGAACAAGUUCAGGCUGGAUAUGACACAAUAGGCUCCACAAACUCCUUUGUAAUUCCUGAUUCAGUUAAUGGCAACUACCAAAACCUCAACAACACAAGCAACGUAAAUGUCCAGGGUCGUUGGGCCUUCCUUGUGAAUGAACCUGAUCCAUGCUAUCAUUAUAACACCAUUGAUGAAUAUUGGAGAGAUAUACGGCAAAACCAAUACUAUGGAUAUGAUGACACCCGUGUUGAAUGGAGUGGCUGGUAUCGUCUGUAUUUGAAUGGAGAAAGUGCCCAGAUGUCUGAGUGGUGUGUGAGUUAUAUGGGAUGUGGUGGUCAAACUGGACUGUAUCUCAACGGUUCUCAUCCAACACUUGAGGAUGGAGUGGUGACCCGAGAAGUCCUGGGAACUCAUUCAUGGUGGUGGUGGUAUUCCAAUCAGUGUGGAGCCUACAGUUCCACAUCCAUCCGAGUCCAAGCCUGUCCAGGAGAUUAUUACGUCUAUGAAUUUGUCAAACCCAUCACAUCAGCUCCAGGGCCUAUGUACUGUGCAGUUACUUUCCAAAGCAUCAGCAGUGAUCCCUGCUACAACUAUGAGUCUCUGGAUCGUCCCUGGAGAGGCAACAAUGAAAGUGGAGAUUACAUUUGUGAUGAAUGGCUCUCCUGGAAUGGCUGGUACCGGCUUUUCUACUAUGGAAUGAACAUCCGGAUGUCAGAGACCUGUGUUAGUUCAUUCAGCUGUAACACAUACUAUAAUCUGUGGCUCAGUGAUCCUCACCCUCAGAUAGAGGAUGGAGUGGUGAUCAGGGAGGUCUGUGGAGGGAUUUAUUGGGGAGGCUGCUGUGAUUACAAAACAAAACCCAUCAGAGUGAAAGCAUGUCCAGGCAAUUACUAUGUCUAUGAACUUGUGAAUCAAGCAUGGUGGUGUUCAGGAUACUGCACAGAUGUCAGCACCAUUUCUCAGACAGUUUCCACUUUAAGUCCAGAUAUAUUCACUGGAUCCAGCAUCACAUUGAAUUAUGACCCGUGCAAUAACUACAACAUACUCGACAACCACUGGAGAAGCACACUCAAUUACUGGUCUUGGUAUGGAUACAUAUCUGAUCAUGAUGACACUCGUGUAGAAUGGGACGGCUGGUAUCGACUCUUCAUGAAUGGAUCAAGUGCUCAGAUGCCUGAAUGGUGUUUUUAUUACAUGUCAUGUGGAGGUUUUAGUUCUCUGUAUCUUGGUGAAUCUCAUCCUCGGCUAGAAGAUGGAGUUGUUACUCUUGAAGUUUACGGCUCUCGCUAUGAUCAGUGCAGUCGCUACAGAUCCGACCCAAUCCAAGUUAAAGCUUGUCCUGGAAAUUAUUAUGUCUACAAAUUUACCAGGCCAACACUUUUAAUCCCAGCUCCUGUAUAUUGCGCAGUGCCUUUCUCCACUCCAAGUGUUGACCCCUGCUACAACUAUACCAGUCUAGAUGAGCCUUGGAGAUCUACUAACAACUCUUACUAUAAUAACUAUUACUACUACGGCAUGUGUGAUUAUAAUGUGGAGUGGAAUGGCUGGUACAGGCUGUUCUACAAUGGUGAAAAUGCUCAGAUGUCAGAAUCAUGUGUAGAUCCGUACACUUGUGGCACUUAUGAACCACUGUGGCUCAACGGCCCUCACCCACAGCUGGAAGAUGGAGUGGUCACCCGUCAGAUCUGUGUCUCAUCAUGGUAUGGCUGCUGUACUUACACAUCCCACCCUAUUCAAAUCAAAGCCUGUCCAGGAAAUUACUAUGUUUAUGAGUUUGUCAAGCCAAUGGUUUGCGGAGCUUACUGUGCAGAAGCCUCAAGUCAGUUCAUCUCAUCAGCGUCUACAACAACAGAGACAAUCCCAUCCAUAGAAUCCAUUACUCCACCAAUCACAACCACUGCUCCCCCUGUUGACCCCUGCUACAACUACAGUGUCCUGGAUGAUCCAUGGAGAGCCACCAACAAUCAACAUUCCUCUCAGAUAAUGUGUGACACUGCAGUCAGCUGGAACGGCUGGUAUCGUCUCUUCAUUCAGAAUCAGAGCGUUCAGAUGCCAGACACAUGUGUUGAUGAGUAUAGCUGUGGCACUCAUGCCCCACUGUGGCUGAACGGAGGACAUCCAACAGUUGAGGAUGGAGUGGUCACUCGAGAUGUCUGCGGUCACUGGAGCAAUAACUGCUGCCUUUUCCAGUCCAAUCCCAUUAAAGUCAAAGCCUGUCCAGGAGAUUAUUAUGUCUAUGAGUUUGUGAGCCCAACUUACUGCAAUUUGGCAUACUGUGCAGAUUCAAGCCACAUAAACACAACCACUAUUACUGUCACACCAGAGACAACCACAACCGAAACUACAACAAUAGAGACUUCAACCAUGGAUACUACGACUGGGAUAUUCUAUCCAUUCGGCUCAGCGGCAGGAGACACUGAAUAUUCUCUCAAUAAUUAUGGUGAUGAAAGCUACGUAUCUGUUGGCCUUUCCACUCCAUAUACGUUCUUUGGCCGCACAUACAACCAGUUAUACGUUCAUUCUAAUGGACUCCUUACAUUCAACCAACCUCAACCAGCAUCAGGUCCUAACUACAAUCCCACCAGUGGAGCUGAAGAUUUCAUUGCUCCUCUCUGGAGUGAUGUUGACGACUAUUACAGUGGCGUGUUCUCAUAUCAGCAGUACACAAGUGGAAAUGUGCUCACUCGUGCCACUCAGGAUAUAAACCAGUAUUUCCCUCAGAUGACAUUCAAUGCUUCUUCAGUCUUUGUUGUCACUUGGGAAUUUGGUGAUCGCACAAGCCCAGCAAUCAAGUUUCAAGUGGUUUUAAUUUCUGGUGGAGGUUUUUCCUUCUUUCUGAUCAAUUAUGGCGACUGUGCUGUGCUAUAUGAACAAGUUCAGGCUGGAUAUGACACAAUAGGCUCCACAGACUCCUUUGUAAUUCCUGAUUCAGUUAAUGGCAACUACCAAAACCUCAAGAGCACAAGCAACGUAAACGUCCAGGGUCGUUGGGCCUUCCUUGUGAACGAAGGGAUAUUCUAUCCAUUCGGCUCAGCGGCAGGAGACACAGAAUAUUCUCUUAAUAAUUAUGGUGAUGAAAGCUACGUAUCUGUUGGCCUAUCCACUCCAUAUACGUUCUUUGGCCGCACAUACAACCAGUUAUACGUUCAUUUUAAUGGACUCCUUACAUUCAACCAACCUCAACCAGCAUCGGGUCCUAACUACAAUCCCACCAGUGGAGCUGAAGAUUUCAUUGCUCCUCUCUGGAGUGAUGUUGACGACUAUUACAGUGGCGUGUUCUCAUAUCAGCAGUACACAAAUGGAAAUGUGCUCACUCGCGCCACUAGGGAUAUAAACCAGUAUUUCCCUCAGAUGACAUUCAAUGCUUCUUCAGUCUUUGUUGUCACUUGGGAAUUUGGUGAUCGCACAAACCCAGCGAUCAAGUUUCAAGUGGUUUUAAUUUUUGGUGGCAGUUUUUCCUUCUUUCUGAUCAAUUAUGGCGACUGUGCUGUGCUAUAUGAACAAGUUCAGGCUGGAUAUGACACAAUAGGCUCCACAGACUCCUUUGUAAUUCCUGAUUCAGUUAAUGGCAACUACCAAAACCUCAAAAGCACAAGCAACAUAAACGUCCAGGGUCGUUGGGCCUUCCUUGUGAAUGAACCUGAUCCAUGCUAUCAUUAUAACACCAUUGAUGAAUAUUGGAGAGAUAUACGGCAAAACCAAUACUAUGGAUAUGAUGACACCCGUGUUGAAUGGACUGGCUGGUAUCGUCUGUAUUUGAAUGGAGAAAGUGCCCAGAUGUCUGAGUGGUGUGUGAGUUAUAUGGUAUGUGGUGGUCAAACUGGACUGUAUCUCAGCGGUUCUCAUCCAACACUUGAGGAUGGAGUGGUGACCCGUGAAGUCCUGGGAGCUAAUUUAUGGGGGUGGUGGUGGUAUUCCAAUCAGUGUGGAGCCUACAGUUCCACAUCCAUCCGAGUCAAAGCCUGUCCAGGAGAUUAUUAUGUCUAUGAAUUUGUCAAACCCAUCACAUCAGCUCCAGGGCCUAUGUACUGUGCAGUUACUUUCCAAAGCAUCAGCAGUGAUCCCUGCUACAACUAUGAGUCUCUGGAUCGUCCCUGGAGAGCCAACAAUGAAAGUGGAGAUUACAUUUGUGAUUACUUGUUCGCUUGGAAUGGCUGGUACCGGCUUUUCUACUAUGGAAUGGACAUCCAGAUGCCAGAGACGUGUGUUAGUUCAUACACGUGUAACACAUACUAUAGUCUGUGGCUCAGUGAUCCUCACCCUCAGAUAGAGGAUGGAGUGGUGACCAGGGAGGUCUGUGCAGGGACUUAUUGGGGAAGCUGCUGUAAUUACAAAUUAAACCCCAUCAGAGUGAAAGCAUGUCCAGGCAAUUACUAUGUCUAUGAACUUGUGAAUCAAGGAUGGUGGUGUUCAGGAUACUGCACAGAUGUCAGCACUAUUUCACAGGCAGUUUCCACUAUAAGUCCAGAUAUAUUCACUGGAUCCAGCAUCACACUGAAUUAUGACCCGUGCAAUAACUACAACAUACUCGACAACCACUGGAGAAGCACACUCAAUUACUGGUCUAUGUAUGGAUACAUAUCUGAUCAUGAUGACACUCGUGUAGAAUGGGAUGGCUGGUAUCGACUCUUCAUUAAUGGAUCAAGUGCUCAGAUGCCUGAAUGGUGUUUUUAUUUCAUGUCAUGUGGAGGUUAUAGUUCUCUAUAUCUUGGUGGCUCUCAUCCGCGGCUAGAAGAUGGAGUUGUUUCUCUUGAAAUUUAUGGCACUCGCUAUGAUCAGUGCAGUCACUACAGAUCCGACCCAAUCCAAGUUAAAGCUUGUCCUGGAAAUUAUUAUGUCUACAAAUUUACCAGGCCAACUCUUUCAAUCCCAGCUGCUGUAUAUUGUACAGUACCUUUCUCCCCCCCAAGUGUGGACCCCUGCUACAACUAUACUAGUUUGGACGAGCCUUGGAGAGCCACUGACAACUAUUACUAUAAUAACUAUUACUACUAUGGCAUGUGUGAUUAUAAUGUGGAGUGGAAUGGCUGGUACAGGCUGUUCUACAAUAGUCAAAAUGCUCAGAUGCCAGAAUCAUGUGUUAAUCAAGGCAUGUGUGGCACUUAUUACCCACUGUGGCUCAACGGCCCUCACCCACAGCUGGAAGAUGGAGUGGUCACCCGUCAGAUCUGUGGCUCAUCAUGGUAUGGCUGCUGUGCUUUAACAUCCCACCCUGUUCAAAUUAAAGCCUGUCCAGGAAAUUACUAUGUUUAUGAGUUUGUCAAGCCAAUGGUUUGCGGAGCUUACUGUGCAGAAGCCUCAAGUCAGUCCAUCUCAUCAGCGUCUACAACAACAGAGAUAAUCCCAUCCAUAGAAUCCAUUACUCCACCAAUCACAACCACUGCUCCCCCAGUUGACCCUUGCUACAACUACAAUAUCCUGGAUGAUCCAUGGAGAGCCACCAACAAUCAACAUUACUCUCAAAUAAUGUGUGACACUGGGGUCAGCUGGAACGGCUGGUAUCGUCUCUUCAUUCAGAAUCAGAGCGUUCAGAUGCCAGACACAUGUGUUGAUGAGUAUAGUUGUGGCACUGAUGCCCCACUGUGGCUGAACGGAGGACAUCCAACAGUUGAGGAUGGAGUGGUCACUCGAGAUGUCUGCGGUCACUGGACCAAUAACUGCUGCCAUUUCCAAUCCAAUCCCAUUAAAGUCAAAGCCUGUCCAGGAGAUUAUUAUGUCUAUGAGUUUGUGAGCCCAACUGCCUGCAGUUUGGCAUACUGUGCAGAUUCAAGCCACAUAAACACUACCACUACUACUGUCACACCAGAGACAACCACACCUGAAACUACAACAACAGUAACUACAACCAUGGACACUACGACUGACAAUGGCAUCAAUAUUAUGAGCAGAUUUUAUCCAUUUGGAACUGGAGACACAGUAAAUGGACGCAUUGAUGAUGGAAGUUCAUCAGUUAUUUACAUCCAGCAGCCGUUUAUAUUUUUUGGGCAAACAUACAACCAAAUUUAUGUAAACAACAAUGGACACUUGACUUUUGACAGUGCAUGGUCCAGCUUCUCUCCAUAUCAGUUCCCAGCUUAUGGAGGGAAAGACCUCAUUGCUCCAUUCUGGACAGAUAUUGACAACCGUUGGAAUGGUGUUAUCUCAUAUCAACAGUACACAUCUGGCAGUGUCCUUACACAGGCGACCCAAGACAUAAACCAAUACUUCCCUGACUUGAGUUUCUCUGCUUCAUGGGUCUUUGUUGCAACAUGGGAUAGAGUUGCAUACUACUACAAUUCAGGAACAGAAACAUCUUUCCAAGUGGUUUUGAUUUCAAAUGGCCAUCUCUCAUUUGUUGUAAUGAACUAUGGUGCAAUCGCUCCAACGCAACGAUAUGUACAGGCUGGUUAUGACACCAUCGACUCAAGUCACCAUUUCUCAAUUACUGGAUCGCUCCAGAAUGACAUCACAGCCCUACCAUACAGCAGCAAUGUCAAUGUGCCAGGCAGAUGGGCCUUCAGAACAGAUCACGGAACACGGGGCUGUCAGUUUAAUGGUUUUCCAGUGCAGCUGGGAGACUCCUUCUGGAGUGAUGCCACCUGUCAGCAGAGAUGCACCUGUACUAGAAGUGGUCUCCAGUGCAGCUUUGAGACCUGUACUUUUUCCCAAGCUUGUCGUCCAGCUGCUUUCCAAUACUCUUGUCAGAACAUUCAGCGGCAAACAUGCACUAUCUCCGGUGAUCCUCAUUACUACACCUUUGACAAUCAGAUAUUUCACUUUCAAGGAACCUGCACAUAUGUUCUGUCUGAGGCUUGUGGAAAUGGUUUACCGUACUAUCGUGUUGAGGGCAAAAAUGAGCAUCGGGGUAGUACACAUGUCUCAUGGACUAGGAUGGUCAGAGUAUUUGUCUAUAAUGAAGAAAUUGAACUGGUCAAAGAUCACUAUUAUGAGGCAAAGGUUAAUGGGACCUUUCUAGCAACACCAUUCACCCUCCAAAAUGGCUCCAUUCAAGUCUAUCAGUCAGGUUUUUCCGUGGCCAUUAGCACAGAUUUUGGUCUUCUAGUGACCUAUGAUGCAUAUAGCUAUGUCACCAUCUCUGUACCUUAUGACUACCAGAAUACCACAUGUGGUCUGUGUGGGAACUAUAACCUACAUCCUGAAGAUGACUUCCGUUCAAUCUCUGGGGAGAUCUUGAGCUCAGAUGUUGACUUUGCCAACUCUUGGAAGGUAGAGGGGGACACGGAUCCUGAUUGCCAUGAUGUCAGAUGCACGGGUCUUGCCUGUGCAGUUUGUACCAGCAGUGAAAUGAGCCUUUACAGUGACACAAACCACUGUGGAAUCCUAGGAGAUGUUUCGGGGCCUUUUGCAUCUUGCCACUCUGUGUUUUCGCCACAGACCUACAUAGAGAACUGUGUCUAUGAUCUUUGCUUAGGAGGAGGGUACCAGCCUAUUCUGUGCCAGGCUCUCAAUGUGUAUUCUGCUCAAUGCCAACAGCAGGGUGUACAACUAGGGCAGUGGAGACAACCAGGCUUUUGUGAAAUCAUAUGCCCUGAUAGUCACAGUCAUUUUGAGUCCCAUGGAACUGGCUGCCCUGCAACUUGCAGCAACCCAUCUGCCCCAAUAAACUGUCCCUUGCCCAGUCAAGAGAGCUGUAUUUGUGAUGAUGGGUACAUCCUCAGUGCUGGGCAAUGUGUGCCUGAAGUGAACUGUGGCUGCACAUUUGAGGGCUUCUAUUACUCUGAGGGACAGUCAGUAGUAUUGGAUGAGGACUGUGGGAGACAGUGUGUUUGCAGUAGCAGCUCAAUGGUCUGCUAUCAGCACCAGUGUGGUCCAGCAGAGGUGUGUGGACUCCAUAAUGGUGUGAGGGGCUGCAGACCCAUCAGUUAUGCUACCUGUUCGGUUGAAAGCCUGGGUUCAUACCACACCUUUGAUGGACAAACUUUCAGAUACCCAGGAGCUUGUGGACUGACCCUUGCAAGAGUGAUGGGGCCAUCCCAACUACCAUACUUUGUUUUGACAGUGGAGAAAGUACCCAGAGGCCUUCAAGAGUUUUCCAGGUUCCUAAAUUUUGAGGCAGGAGGAACUCAUGUUUCCAUUGAAUUGGGAGAAGGUAGCAAUGUACAGGUGGAUGGACAGGUGGUUAGUCUACCCAUCAGUGUUGGUUCCAGUCAGAUCCGCAUCUAUCACAUCAGUGUGAGGGGUUUUGUUUUGGAGACAAACUUUGGAGUGACCAUUAGAGCUGACUGGCCGCACAUUGUCCGAAUCACAGCUCCAACUACUUACAAUGGUACACUUGGAGGUCUGUGUGGGAACUUGAAUGGAAACAUUAAUGAUGACUUCCACAGCCCAGAUGGUGUCCUGCUGGAUGACUCUCAGCUUUUUGCGGACAGCUGGCGUGAUGGAUCCCUGUCAGCCCAGUGUGAGGACCCAGCUGACAUUUGGGUACCAGGAGUUUAUCAGAAUAGGAGUGAGUUCAGUGAGCUCUGCAGCAUCAUGGCAAUGAAUGAUGGACCAUUUGCUGAGUGCAGCAGAACACUAGACUCUUGGCAACGAAUUGAAUACUGUAUUCAAAUGCUGGAGCGGACGGAGGGUGCCAGGGAGGCUCUAUGUGAAGCCCUGCGAGGAUACACACUGCACUGCCAACAGAAUGGCAUUGCAGUUGGAGAGUGGAGGAGUAUCACCCACUGUGAUCCCAACUGUCCAGAAAAUACACAUUUUGAACUGUGUGGCACAUCCUGUCCUGCGUCCUGCCCUAGCCUCUCAUUUCCCUUCCAGUGCGCUCUGCCAUGCCAGGGGGGAUGCCAGUGCAAUGAUGGACUAGUGCUGGAUGGAGAUCGCUGUGUUCCCCCCACUGGUUGCGGCUGCCACUAUGAUGGCCGUUAUCGGCAGCCUGGAGAGCAAUUCUGGCAUGGUGAAGAGUGCCAGUUCCUGUGUGUCUGUGAUGGAAUCACUGGAAAUGUCCGUUGCACACCAUCAUCUUGCAGUGAACAGGAAAUCUGUCGUGUGGUGGAGGGGGAAUAUGGCUGCCAUCCUCGUCCACAUGGUAGAUGUUCUGCUUCUGGAGAUCCCCAUUAUAUCUCCUUUGAUAGAACCUACUUUGACUUUCAAGGCACAUGCCGAUAUGUGCUGGCCACAGUGUGUAAUGACACUCAUGGACUACCACACUUCCAGGUGGAAGCAAGAAAUGAAGCAUGGCAUGGAUGGCCUGUGUCAAUAACUGUAGAAGUUUUUGUCAGUGUCUCAGGGCAUCUUGUGCACAUGUCACGGGACAUGAACAGUUAUUCUGCUGUUAAGGUUGAUGAAGAGACCAGAAACCUCCCUGUCUAUCUUGACUCUGGUCGGGUGUCUGUCUACUCCACAGGACAGUUUAUAUAUGUCUCAACUGACUUUGGUUUCAGUGUCAGUUAUGGUGGUUCCUGGGAGGUAAACAUUGUUGUGCCAGCAGAAUACAGUGGAGUUAUGUGUGGCAUCUGUGGCAACUUUAAUGGCCAUCCCGAGGAUGACUUCCUCACUCUGUCAGGUGAUCUGGCACCAUCAGCAGACCAUUUUGGGGCAGCAUGGAAAGUUGAGGAUAACAUCUCAUGCAAUGACCGUGGGGACAGCAAUCCUGGCCAUUGCCAAGAUGAGAGCACAACUCUGAUCUCACAAGCCUUGUGUCAGAUCAUCAGAGACAAUCAGGGUCCCUUUAGCUUCUGCCAUGGUUCUGUAGCUCCACAGGCCUACUUUGAUAACUGUGUGUUUGAUGUGUGCAUCUCUGGGAACCGUAAUGAUGUUUUGUGUCGCUCUAUCCAAUCCUAUGUGAGUGCUUGUCAAUCUGUCAAUGCCAUGGUCUACCCCUGGAGAGAACUUGCAUCCUGUGUCAUGGACUGCUCAUCAAACAUCCCAAACAGUCAUUAUGAGGUGUGUGGCACAGACUGUGGUCAUACGUGCGCCAGCAGCAUCGAUGCUAGUUGUGAACACACAUGCUCAGAAGGUUGUUUCUGUGAUGAGGGAUUUGUGAGGAGUGGAGGACUCUGUGUACCAGUGGAGCAAUGUGGCUGCUUGUAUGAUGGAUUCUACUAUCAUAUUGGUGAACAGUUCUGGGAAUCAACAUGUUCCCAGCGUUGCCAGUGUUUUGCUCCGAAUGAUCUGCGCUGCACUGCAUCUUUCUGCCCAGCGGCCAUGGAGUGUGCGGUCAGAAAUGGACAUCGUGAUUGCUAUAGUACAAUGUCCACAUGCACAGUUUGGGGUGACCCCCACUACAUAACCUUUGAUGGGGCUGUGGCCCACUUUCAGGGAACGUGUUCGUAUGAGAUUGCCCAGACCUGCGGUAACGGUACAGACAGUGAUCUGGCGUUCCGUGUGGUGGCCACCAACAGGCACCGGGGGAACAUGGUAGUGUCAUUUGUUUCUGCAGUGGAUGUUUGGUUGUCACAACAUGGACAACAGACACACAUCACUAUUGGGCAGAACAGAAGAGUUAAAGUUGAUGGAAAUCCUAUUGACACACAAGCUUAUCAAGUCAAUGAUAUUGUAGAGGUAAAUGAGGAGCAGGGAUUUGUAAUUCUAAAUGCAUUCAAUGAAUUCAAUGUCCAUUUUGAUGGACAUAGCAGCCUUCUAGUCAGGGUGAGCAAAAGAUUCUAUGGAUCUCUCUGUGGAAUGUGUGGAAAUUUCAAUGGCAAUCCUGCAGAUGACAAAGUCCUGCCCAGUGGAGAACUUGCUUCUGAUGACAUUUCCUUUGGCCACAGCUGGAAAUCAGACACCAGCAUUCCAGGCUGUGGUAUCAGAGACCAGCCCGGUAAUGCUGAUGAGUGUCCAUCCAGGCAGAGGUAUUCUGAUCUCUGUAGUAUUAUCACUAACACCACUGGCCCCUUCCAGAACUGCCAUCUUCAUAUUGACCCUGCACCUUAUUACUACUCUUGUGUGUAUGAUCUGUGUCUCUACACACGUGCCAAUGGCAUGCUAUGUUCAGCUGUUGAAGCCUAUGAAACAGCUUGUGCCAUCUUGGGGACACAGAUCUCAGAAUGGCGCUCGGGUCUGCGGUGUGAUGUAAGAGAUCGCUGUUCUGAACUCCGCUGCUCUGAGAAUGAAUGGUGUGGGAAGAAAAAUGGUGUUUAUGGCUGUUUGUGUGACGAUGAUCAACCCAAACCAGAACCUGACACUUUUGAUUCCUUAGAAACCUGUGAAAGCAGCUCUGGCUCCAUGUCUGUGUCUCGCUGUCAGCUCUUUGAGGCUGGUUUUCAAGCUGAUGUCUUACACCUCAAUGAUCCCAGCUGCAAAGGAACGGUCCGGAAUGGCAGAGUGGAAUUCCAUUUUGAUAAUGAUGGACACAUCUGUGGUACAAAUCUUGUGGCUAACGGCACCCACUUCAUCUAUGAUAACUUUAUUCUGGGGACACCAAGGUCAGAAGGUCUCAUCAGCAGAGAGAAAAUCCUGAAGCUUUCUUUCAGCUGUGUUUAUCCUCAAACACAAACACUUUCCAUGAAUGUGGAAAUCAACCCACUGGAGAGCAUUGUGCACAAGACUCUUCCCACUGGUGAAGGCAGAUAUCAGGUUCGGAUGAUUGCAUAUCAGGAUAAUGAGUUUACCCGGCCCUUCACUGGUGCAGUGGAUGCAGAGCUCAACCAGGAGAUGCAUGUGGAAGUUCGUGUUGAGGGGGUCGACAGCCGCCAGUUUGCCCUGGUGAUGGACACGUGUUGGGCUACACCUGUGAAUGAUCCUGAUUACAGCCUCCGCUGGGAUCUCAUCGUUUCAGAGUGUCCCAAUCCAAAUGACGACACAGUGGAGCUGCUGCAGAACGGCGUCUCAACAUCCAGCCGUUUCUCCUUCAGGAUGUUCAUCUUCACUGCAAACUCCACUAAGCUUUACCUGCACUGUGCUGUUCACCUUUGCCUUCUGUCAAGCAAUCGCUGCUCAAUGGACUGUGACUCUGGACACCAGCGGAGAGAGCGCAGGUCUCUGGACUUCCAUGACAGUGCUUCCAUAUCCAUGGGUCCUCUGAUGUUGUCUGGAGGGAACACAGAUAAGUGGGUUCCAGAUCAAGUGAAGGUAUCUGAGGCUUCUUGUCUGUGUGGUUCUCUGAUGGUGUUUCUUGUUGCUCUGAUGAGUGUCCUGACACACUUUUAGUUUAUUUCCACGACAUUUUACAUGCAUAUUGUUUAUCCCAUUUUAAUUAAUGUUGAACAAAAUGUUGAUGCCACAGUGGUUGUGGGUUUCUAAACGUUUCUUUAUUUCAUAACUGAUAUUUUAUGUGGCAUAAAAAAUGAAUUAUUUAAUCAUUUACUUUAAUUUUUAUAUAUUACAUUUAUUGUGUACUACUUGCAAGGAUGUGCUACAAUAACAAUGACCAUCACAUUUAUUCAAAUCAUGCAAAAACAUAACUGGGUCAUUCCUGUUCUGUGGAAAUCUGAUAUUAUAAUCAUAGAAAUCUAACUAAUAUGAUUUUCUUUUCUUAAAAAUUGUGCUGUAAUAUUUUAUUCAGGUAUUUAGUAUAAGGCAUGUAUGAAAAAGAUGUAAAAGAUCCAAAAUGAGGAAAUAAAUAAAUAAAUGUGAUAUUUUUAACAAUA